AUGUCAUUGGUCGUAUUCUCUGCAACGCUGUCGAUGGACAGGCCCCAUUGGCGCGCGCCUUGUCUUGUCAUGGCACGCUUGGUUCGCCGGAUUCUUCUUGGUCGACCUUCUGCGCAACCUGAUUCGGUCGCACAGUUUUCUCCCACCCUCGUCAACCGGCUAUCUCGAACUCUUGGUGCUGCCCAACCCCAAGCUCGUCCUGUGAGACACUGGGAAAAGCGAAGCCAAGUCUCGCCGACUGCCAGGGCCCGGCCGCCAGAGUCACGUCAACAGGCGACAACGGGGGCGCAAUAUGGGAGGACAUGGGGCAAUAUCAGCGGGAAUCCGGCUUUCAUAUGA